CUACAGUUUUAAUGUCGUCGAAGGGAAGGAGAACGUCGGACCCAACUUUCCGCGGGACAGGGGAGAUAGAAACCAUGUUUAUCAAGACUAGACGGAAACUAGAAGGACUGUAUCAUUUACUGCGGCUACGAUAGAUAAAUUUUAGUUCUUUUUCUGUACUUAGGGUUAAUUUGCUUCUUCAAUACUGCCAGGGAAAUAUGGGGGUCAAACGUAAAUCUGACGAAAUGGAACUGGAGGGAAGUCAAAGGCAGUCUGUUCUUAAUAUAUCAAUGUGUAAACUUCAGAAUCCUUCAGGGAAAAAAGUUGAACCAUCACUUCUGAAAUCAGUACUUAUCUUAAACACUUUAAAACACAUAGAAACAGAACUUAGAAGAGAAGGCAUAAGUAGCGAGCUGCCUCCAUCUGCCAGUCUCUCUUUCCACAGCGAUGCCGAAAACUUCACCAUGGAUGUCCUUCCGCUGGACUCGUUAGAUGGUUCCAGUGAGUAUAUAGAACAAGACAUGUCCGACCUUCAUAUCAAUGGAAACCUUCCACAAGGGAUGGAAAGUCAAGACGACCAAAGCAUUUCUAAAGCACCUCUUCCUCCAUUCGAGACUUUUGUUGAACUUUCAAACUCAAGCACUCACAGUGCCAACAACUCACCAAAGAACAAGGUCAUUGGCCAAAAAAUUGAUAUAUGGAGCUCGAGUCUCCAGAGCAACUUACCGUUCCGAGUAGAAGAUGUUCUCGGGGACACCGAUCUAUCCCAGUGUGAUUUUGACAUUUUCACGUCACUUUCAUCAACUAUCAAGUUGACGCCUCUAAGUGCCGAGGAGGUUCUUCAUUCGUUUCCCUCCAAUUCCUUGUCCGAUACUUACCAGUCCUUUCUGUCGACUUCGUGUAAAAGUGACAUCCUUCCCGAGGAAAUUGACAACAUUAUGCAGAUUUUAGUAGGAACGUAGAUCAACUUUAGCUGCCUAAGAAGUUAUUGUUAGACUGAUAAACAUUCAGAUGAGGUAGAGACUUUUUACUUUAAACCCAUGGCAGCACGAUUGUUUUACUGUUGAAGUUUUAGGGUGAUGAGAGAAUGGUUAUUUAUUGACUGUAUGUUACAAUAUAACUCUAAUCAAAAUAAUAAUGUACUAUAAGAGUAUACAUUGUGAUUCGGGGCAAUGUGCUCCAGGAUUGUGCAAUUUCAUUGUCAAUAUUAUUGCAAUGCUUGCCAACAAAGGAUGUAAAUAUCCCAUUAUUAAUUUAUUGACAUUGUUUCAUAUGCAUUUGACAAUAUGUGAAUCUAUUUAUUGAUAUCUCUGAGGAGAGGGUACUGAGUAUAUGGAGAUUUUUACUUAAAUGUUUAGUAGUAUGAAUUGUAUUUUAUAUGUUUUUACAAUGCAUAGAUUUUAUUUAUCAGUAGAUAGACAAAUGAAUUUUGAUGGCGAAGUCGUUGAGUAAUAUUCACAUACUGUGAUAUUAUCUGACUGCUGGCCAAUUUAAUUUUUUUUUUUUUUGUGGAUGCAAAAUUUAUUGUUGAAAUGAUCAAAGUGGAGUGAACAAAAUUGUGAGAAAACACUAGACAUUUGUGAUUCUUAAUAUGAUGGACACUUGUAGGUUAGAAAGUCUGGUUUACCUUGAACAGAUUAAACAUUUGAUGUUUUAAGUACGUCUGUACUUGUAGUAGAUUUGAUGAGGAAGUAGUGUAUCCCCAAGAUCAGAGUAAAACAUAACUAUAACAGAGUACACACGCAUGAGAUUGUAUAACAGAGAAUAUUGUAUAACAGAGAAUAUUGUGUAACAAGAGAAUUUUGUGAACAAUAUUAGGAGACCAUUUUGAUGAUAUUUGUAUAUUGCUGGUGUACUGAAACAUUGGGUAAAAAUUCAUAUCUUUAUAGGUAAAAUCCCAGUGAAAUUAGAAGCAAACUAUUUAUUCCAUUGUGUAAAUAUUUCAUCAUCUUUAUUUUUAUUCAUCAUUGAACAUUUCACAUAAAUCACUCAUUGAACCUACAUUUUUGACAUGAUUUCAUUUAUCUAUAGUAUUUAUAUCAUACAUAUGUGUAAUAUUUAUACAUUGAAGUCUCGAGUUGUUGACUAUUGUUGUGAAGCAAGGGGAGAUAAUCUCUAUUUUUGUGAUCUGUUAAUGAUGAAAUUUUAAUCAUGAAACUAUUUUAACCAAGAUUGAUUAUAUUUAUUCUACUUUCUUAUUUACCAAUCUGAAAAUUAUUUAUAUUUUAUGGACAAAAAUGUUUUUUAAAGAAAUAAUGCAUUUGUUACAAAAAUUGAAUCAAAAUUUUAUAAUAUUUUGUUGAAAAUUUACAAUACAUAUCUUUCUAUUUUCAUCUCACAAUCAUCAAUUGUUGCCUUAUGUAUGGUUGCCUGAAGUGUAUAUGAACCUUCCAAAAAUUAUCUUACAAAUGCACACAAGGGUAUUGUCCCAUUGCGGAGCUUUUCAGAAGAAUAUUAACAUAGCUAUGUUUUUGUUUUGGUUUACAUUUUUAAGUAAAGGUGGGCAACUGAAAUCAAAAGUGAGAACACUUUCUUUUCUCAUCAUGUUUAAUUUCAUUUUGUAUUUCAUGUUCAUUUUACUACUUAAAAUACUUGCAAUGUCUGUAUACGCAAUCAUUCCUCAUUUUCUAGGCACACUUUGUAAAUAUUAUCAUUAGGUAGUUAAUUCUACAGCAUUCAAACAGGGUCAUAAUUGCAUAACUAUGUUGAAUCAUCUUUUAAUGAUGUUUGUUUACCAUUGUUGGCAAUAUCUGUUUCAGAAUUUUUUUCUCUAUGCACAGGCCUACUGUUCUCAUGUGAUGUAGAAAUUCAUCAGAUCAUAUGUCCAUAAGUUGUAUUUCAUUAAAUUUUAUAGAGAAAUAC